CGAGAAGCCCUGUGUCCUCGAGCUGAUGGAUGACGAUAUACAUGAGGCCCUGGAGGAGCUGCGACUGGUACUUGGCACUCCACAGAGCAGCUCUGCCUUCGGGGCUGCAGUGGGCGAGCAAAAUGAAACUCUGAUAAAGAUCCAGGACGAUGCUGACAAAGCUGUUAUCAAAUUUGGAGAAACCAAAUUUAGUGUCACUGAGCCCAGCAAACCAGGAGAGUCCGUGGUCGUCAAAAUUCCAGUGGUCCGCCAAGGAGACACUUCAAAGGUUUCCAUUGUGAGAGUCCACACCAAAGAUGGCUCGGCCACCUCCGGAGAGGAUUAUCACCCCAUGUCAGAAGAAAUCGAGUUUAAGGAAGGGGAAACCCAGCACAUCAUUGAAAUUGAAGUCGUCUUCGACGGGGUAAGAGAGAUGAGGGAGGCCUUCACUGUUCACCUAAAACCAGAUGAAAAUAUGGUGGCAGAGACGCAGGCAACCAAGGCCAUUGUAUAUAUAGAGGAAGUCAACAGCAUGGCGGAUGUCACCUUUCCCUCUGUCCCUCACAUUGUGUCCUUGCUGAUAUAUGAUGACACUUCCAAAGCCAAGGAGAACACUGGGCCUGUGUCUGGCUAUCCCGUUGUCUGCAUUACGGCUUGCAACCCCAAAUAUCCAGACUACGACAAAACAGGCUCUAUUUGUGCCAGCGAGAACAUCAAUGACACUUUGACCCGAUACCGGUGGCUGAUCAGCGCUCCUGCUGGCCCGGAUGGUGUGACCAGCCCUUUGAGAGAGGUGGACUUCGACACCUUUUUCACAUCAUCCAAAACGAUCACGUUAGACUCCAUAUACUUUCAGCCUGGUUCCCGGGUACAGUGUGCGGCUCGUGCAGUGAACGCCGAUGGGAAUGAAGGCCUGGAACUGAUGAGCCCCAUCGUCACCAUCGACAGAGAGGAAGGUCUCUGUCAGCCCCGUGUGCCUGGAGUCGUGGGGGCGGAGCCAUUCUCAGCUAAAUUGCGCUACACUGGUCCCGAGGACCCAGACUUUGCAAAUCUCAUCAAGCUCACCGUCAAGAUGCCACAUAUAGAUGGGAUGCUGCCCAUCAUCUCCACGAGAGAGCUGUCCAACUUUGAGCUGACCCUCAGCCCUGAUGGCACCAGAGUUGGGAACCACAAAUGCUCCAACCUGCUGGACUACAAUGAAGUGAAGACCCACCAUGGCUUCCUGACUAAUGCCACGAAGAACCCAGAGGUCAUUGGAGAGACCUAUCCUUACCAGUACAGUGUGCCGGUCAGGGGCUCCAAUACCUUACGAUUCUACCGAAACUUGAAUCUGGAAGCCUGCCUAUGGGAGUUCGUCAGCUACUAUGACAUGUCGGAGCUCCUGGCAGACUGUGGAGGCACCAUCGGGACGGAUGGCCAGGUCCUAAACCUCGUGCAGUCCUACGUGACCCUUCGAGUUCCUCUGUACGUUUCCUACGUGUUCCAUUCCCCCGUGGGGGUGGGAGGCUGGCAGCAUUUCGACUUGAAGUCGGAACUCCGGCUCACAUUUGUGUACGACACUGCCAUCUUGUGGAACCAUGGGAUCGGUAGCCCGCCGGAAGCUGAACUCCAAGGUUCUCUGUAUCCAACCAGCAUGCGCAUUGGUGAGGAGGGACGCCUGGCUGUGAACUUCAAGACAGAGGCCCAGUUCCAUGGCCUGUUUGUGCUGUCACACCCUGCCUCCUUUACCAGCUCCGUGAUCAUGUCUGCUGACCACCCAGGCCUCACUUUUUCCCUCCGCCUCAUACGGAGUGAACCAACCUAUAAUCAGCCGGUCCAGCAAUGGAGCUUUGUGUCAGACUUUGCAGUCCGGGACUACUCAGGCACUUACACGGUAAAGUUGGUGCCCUGCACUACCCCACCCAACCUGGAGUACCAUCUGCCUGUCACCUGCAACCCCAGAGAACCUGUCAUCUUCGACCUUGACAUUCGAUUCCAGCAGGUCAGUGACCCAGUGGCAGCCGAGUUUAGUCUGAACACUCACAUGUACUUGCUGUCUAAGAAGAGCCUCUGGUUGUCUGAUGGAUCCAUGGGAUUUGGGCAAGAGAGUGACGUUGCUUUUGCAGAAGGGGACAUGAUUUAUGGUCGUGUCAUGGUGGAUCCUGUCCAGAACCUUGGUGACUCCUUUUACUGCAGCAUUGAAAAGGUGUUCUUAUGUACAGGGGAUGAUGGCUAUGUGCCAAAGUACAGCCCAGAGAAUUCAGAAUACGGCUGCCUGGCUGAUUCUCCCUCACUCUUACACAGAUUUAAAAUCGUGGAUAAGGCUCAGCCUGAGACACAAGCUACCAGCUUUGGAGAUGUUUUGUUUAAUGCCAAGCUGGCAGUGGAUGACCCUGAAGCCAUUCUCUUAGUGAAUCAGCCUGGAUCGGACGGGUUUAGAGUUGACUCAACCCCACUCUUUCAGGUUGCUUUGGGCCGAGAAUGGUAUAUACACACCAUCUACACCGUCAAGUCAAAGGACAACAGCCAUCGAGGGAUUGGCAAGAGGAGCCUGGAGUACCAGUACCACUCUGUGGUGCAUCAGGGGCAGCCCCUGGCAGCUACCAAGAGCUGGAAGAAGAGAGCAAUCAGGAGCGCACCCUCACUGGCACGGGAAAUAGGUGCUGAGAACAAUCGGGGAACAAAUCUCCAACAUAUCUCCCUGGACCGCCGUGACAGGAGGCAGGUCCCCCAUGGAAGAAUCCCUCCUGAUGGCAUCCUGCCCUGGGAGCUCAAUAGUCCCGGCUCUGAAGUCAGCCUUGUCACUGUCUUGGGAGGCAUCGCUGUGGGACUGCUCACCGUCUGCCUGGCUGUGGCUGCAGCCAUCCUGUGCCGGAAGAAGAAUAUCAAGGGUAAGGAGGCUCCCCAGGGCUCUGGAAGCAGCAAGCCCAUGAUGCCCCCACAGAACCACUACAGUGACAGCUCAGAGGUGUGAUAACCUCCUCUUCAUACGCCUCAGAAAAGACCAUGGAAGAACCCCAACUGUUUGGGACCAGCCACAGAGAACUGGGGACUUCCUGUGACAAAAGGUGCUCAGAGAUUCUGACUGUGUUCAAAGAUUUUGAUUUAAACUCCACUGUAUCAUACACACAUCAAAAGACAAAUUCAGGCCGCAUCUUUCCCACUGCCCAGAAGGCAUCCAGGAUGUUUUAGAGCCUUGGAUGGCUGUCAGGAGAGGUGUUUCUUGUUUUGGGCAUCAGUGGAGGUGAGCCGACUCAAAGGUGCUAAAGGACUUUCUGGGAAGUCUGAGAGAAGUUGUUACUGCUCUAUCAUUACAUUGGUGUGGACUUGGAAGAUGCAGUUAUCACAUUGCUUAUUCACUAUAUAACUGAAAGGUUUUCAUUGGUAGUCUGGAAGAGUGAUGGACACGCUAUUAUGACAAGUUUUCUAAUCCAUGAAGACAGCAUGAAGUCAUGACCAGGGCUAGCUCAACCCACAAAUCACUUCUUCCUGUUGGGAAAACAUAGAAGGAAUGAGUAGAAAAAAAGGAAAACUCCUCAUUUGGAUCUGAAUUGUUUCUCAUUCUCCUCAGACCUCCUUUGUCUUGCUUGCUUAUUUAACAUUAAAUUAAACCAAAGAAUAUAUUAAUUCUGGAGAUGAUUUUUAAGAGACUGAUAUGUUUGGUAUAUAGUAGCAGCCACGCUCUUGCUAAUCAGCCUCACUGGUGCCCAGCCUUAGUGAGGAGUGAGAGAGCCGUAGACUUGAUGACGAAGAGAUGCCACAGGGUUAGAGUCACCAUAGGACAAUGUUCUUAAGAACUGAGCCUAGAUGUUUGCAGUAUGUAUUGAACCCAUAAAUAACGAGAAACAUCUUUACCAAUGGUGAAGGGUGAAAGCAGUACUGAUUAACGUGCUAUGUGCAACCAGAAUGCCUCUGAGGCACGCUAUCUAGAACAGUGACAGCAAACGACGUUAGCACUCAGAUUAACACCCACACGACAACAGCCAGUGCUUGUACCAGCCCUAGAAAAUCAUAUUAGGUUUACAUCUGUUUAAAUAAUGGGAAUCUCUAUACAUGUCACUCUGGAAAUUGUCUUGGAGGUGGCGGGUGCUGUCAAUCAUACUGUUCAUUGAUCCAGGAAGAGAACAUAUCGGUAUAGUCUCUCCAGUUCAGAGAGCCGGUGCUAUGAGAUCCCCCUCUGGGACUUUAUCUGGUGUGUCACUUUGCUUAUUCACUGUGCAAAAGCUUCCUUGGCACUGCCUAUCUCUUCAGAAAUGUGAUUUUACCCUACGUCAGAAAUUCUCUUUAGAAGGGAGGCAUUUCAGCAGAGUAAUGGCCACCUCCCUAAAACCUAGUAAAUAGAGUUCAUACAAAAAUAAAGUGCCUUUGUUCUUAAACCUAACCCUCCAGAGCUGCAUGGAGUCCCUUGCACUUAAGCCACACCCUGGCCAAGCUGGGCAUCCUGGUAGAACAGAGAUAUUUGGAAGGCAAACUUCAUCUCUGUCAUUCCUGUAUGUCAGUGGGUGUCUGUGAGUACCAAGCAUCUCUCCAUUGAGAAAGGAGAGCUACACUGUCCUGGAGGAGAGGAAGUAAGUGUCUGAUGCCUGCUUCCCUUCCCAUCCAGUGUCUUCCAAGGGAGGAGGUAGACUCCAGUGUCCUUCUAUUGGGGAACUUAUCAAGUUCUCUCUACAACUCAAAGGUUCCCCCAGAGAGCUCACAGGAACAGAAAGUACCAUCUGUCCCAGGGGUCAGAUCAUAUGCUUUGUUAUCAACCUUUCUUUGUUGUACUUCCGGCAGACGCUCAGCCCCAUGCUUGGCUAUCUCACCAUUUGGGAAUUAAUGAGAUGCCAACAGCAUAGGAAUUUUGACUACUUAGCUUUGGUUCAACUUCUGAAGGCUGUUAGAGCGAGUGUUCUCGGUUGGCUGUCUGUCACCAGUAGUUGAGAGCUUCCGAGUCUGACUACCCUGUGGUCCGCAGGUCAGGAAGUGAAUAUAGUAAUUUGUGACGCAUCAUUAUAACACAUGUUUUAGACAGGCAGCUUCUAUGCCAAGUUUCAAUCAACCUUCUGUUGUUCUAAUGCAGCUAUUGUCUAUAAAUUAGAUGGUAUAGUAAAUACAAAAUAAGUCUAUCCUCCCCCAAUAGGAAAUGUCAGUAUUCUUUCUCUCUCCCCCACCCCUUCCCUGUCUUCUUUCAUUUGUACUUUUUCAUAAUUUUAAAAAUAUCUAUUUACUAAAUAUACUGCUUAAAAUACAGUCAUUGUUUAAAAAAUCUUUUCAAUAGGAAAAAAUGUUUUUCUAAAUAAAAUCCUUGUUUCCAGUAUUUUUUUAAAUAUUCUGAUACUUUGAGAACAAAUACACAAAGUAACUUCCCACAGAGAAUAGGAAGUCAGCAAUUAUAGCUCUUGGUUUCCUCCAGACCUCCUGAUACAGACCAACAUCUGGUUGAUAUUACACACUAAAAGGUAAAUGUAAAAAUAAAUGUUACUAUGAGCGGCUCUCGUAAGCAUAUGAACAAGAAAACAUUAAAAUCUGAGAGUAAUGGGGCUGGAGAUAUGGCUCAGCAGGGAAGUAUGCACAAAAUAAUAAUAUACAGUCAGUCCUGGGGGUCAUACUAGGACUCAUACAUGCUAAGUGACGCUACCUCUGACCUACAGCCCUCAACCCUUUCCUAACGUUUUGAUUUGAGGCAGUCUAAAAGGUUGCCCUGACUAGCUGUGAACUUGCUCUUUAGCUCAGGCUAGCCUGGAACUUUCAGUCUUCCUGCCUCAGUCUCCCAUGUAGGGAGGAUCAUAGGCCUGCAACAGUACUGCCCUGUCAUCUAAGAUUGCUCAUCCAUUCUGAGCGAUGGCUGGACAUCAGGCUACUCACCUUGUCUCUGGGCAGCUGGUAAUCAGGUAAGGCUUUGUCUUUGGAGGAAUGAGUCAAGAUGGAACAGAAUUCCUUCUAGAUGGGAACACAGAGGCAUGUACGUCUGUGACCCACAAUGAAAACUUCUUAGAACAUCAGCAUUCGAUUCCACUUUUUUAACCUUAUAGAUAAUAGCAAAUCCCGUAUGAGCACUGUGAGUGAAGACCCAUACACAGCCUGGCGUUUGUAAAGACUCCAUGUAUACUCAAAGCCAAGGGAGCCCCUAUGAGCAGCAAGAAGGUUCUAUGAAGCCACCUCACUGUGAGUUCUUUCCCACGGUAAAAAUUUCAAAGUCAAUAUUUAAACAUGUAAAGGUGGCGGAUCAUAACUUUAAUCUCAGCACUCAGGAGGCAGAGGCAGGUGGAUCUUAAUGAGUUUGAGGCCAGCCUGAUCUAUAUAGUGAGGUCCAGGACAGCCAGGGCUAUGUAGAGAGACCAUGUCAAAAAUAAAAAUUAGAAAAAAAUUAAUGUAAAAAUGGCUGGGUAUGGUGGUACAUGACCUUAAUGUCACCCCUGAGGAGGGAGAGGCAGGUGGCUCUCCAUAGUGAGUUCCAGGUCAACCAGAGCAACAUAGGGAGACCCUGUCUCAAAACCAAACCAAACCAAGUGUGUGGAGAUUACAGAGAGCCUUUUCUGACGCAUCAGUGCUGAGGGUUAGACUGUUUCCAGAAGGAAACAUGAAGUAGCGAUCUCAGAACUCAAUGCAGAAUCAUGGAGUUUAAAAGUUGGAGAGUUCAUAUGGGAAAAUCUGUGUUUAAUGUUGACAAGGAAACAUUCAGUUCUUUGAUAGAAAGAAAAGAGAGAGAAUAUUUGUGAUGAUGCAAAUACUUGACAAAUCGGAAAUUCUCAGAAUUGUAUGACCUUGAAAGCAACCACGUGACAAUCCUUUUGUGUUCUUCCCUCUUGAUAGCAACCAUGAGACAAAGUCCAUACAAGACUUUUCAUGGACUUACUACGCAAAUUAGUGGGUUGCAAAUGCCUAGUUGCUUACCAGCACUCGGCUGUGUAUAGCUAGGAAGAAAACUGUAACUACCACUAUUACAAUGCCCACAGACACAUGCACACAAGUAAAAAGAAUCUCAAUUCUAGUAGAAGGUGCUAAAUGCAUCGCUCUCAUUGAAAUAACAUGGGCGAUUUUCAAGGUCAACACAAAGGUCAUUUGUAAAAAACCUAUUGUGGGGGCUUCUGAUAUUCCCUAUUCAGCAACCCAGGUGAAGUCAACAAGGGUUUAUUUUUUUCAGGGCUUGGACACUCCCCCACAGUGUCUGCAAUGAGAGAGAGAGAGAGAGAGAGAGAGAGAGAGAGAGAGAGAGAGAGAGAGAGAGAAUAUGUAAAUUUUAACUAGCAAAAAAUAAAUAACAUAUAAUAAAAAUGACUUACACUAUAAAAAGUUGGUCUUGGAUUAGAAUAAAACAUAAGGUCUGUAAGGUAGAACCCAGUACCACACAGUACACAGCAGUCUUUUCCUGCAAUGGGACUUUAAGCUUAUGACAAGGAUUUUAUUUUGUUGUUCUUGUUAAUUUUUGUUUUUGCCCAUUUAUGUAUAAAAGGAAGCUUUAUCCUGGACAUGGACUGUGUUUUAUAAUUGUAUUCAGGACUUCCUCCCUUCCCAGGUUCCUUCUAAUACAUUGGCAAGCACAUUUUUAUCUACCACUGAGAGGCACAUCUGUAUCAUGGAAUUAUUUGCAGCCUUUCCUGUUUCCCAUGGGAAUGCUUCAGAAACUGAUAGGGUCUCGUUGUUUCUGUAUUUGCAUAUUUGCUGGACAUUAAAGUUUAUUCCUGGAAAUCUAACUAUGCAAAUAGUUUGGAGCCAUUCACUCUUAAAUCAAUGGCUUAAAUAACUCCUUCUGUCAUUUGUACUAUAACUACCCCUGUGUUGCAUCGAAUUAUAUCAUGUGUUUAAUAUAAAUAAAAGUCCUUAUCAUGUGUGUUCA